AUGGCGGGGCGACCCCCACCCGCGGAGGCGGCGGCCAGCGCCGGUGCGAGCGGGGUGGCCGGAUCCAGCUCCCUCCCUCGUUCGCUCAGCACGGCGGCGUGGAUCCAGGGUAGAGAAGGUGGCCGCGGAUCCAGGGCAGGGAAGGUGGCCACGCCGUCGUUCAGCACGGUGGCGGCGCGGAUCUGGCUCGGUGGCUUCGACAACGGCAGACACGGCAGGAUCCAGCACGGGAGCGGCAGAUCCAGCAUGGGAGGCUGGUUUCGAAAUGAAAAUUUUAUUAUCGACCAGAUGUUAACUGAAGCGCCAAAGACUGCUCAAGAACUGGCGAUCACACAUGCGCACAUCUGGCUCUUCCUCGGUCCUCACCUUCCGAGGUGGCUCGGGCCUCUGUGCUCUGGGCUCGGGCCUCUGGGCGGCGCGGGUGGAGCGGCGCUGUGGCAGGCGCCGCCGCGACGGACGGCGCGGGCGUGGCUUCCGGCUCCGCGACGGACGGCGCCGCGUACGAGGGCGCGGGCCGCUGCCGGCUCCGCGGCGGGAUGGGCGACGCGAACCUGCAGUUACUUGCUGUCAAACUCACCAAUAGGCAAUAGCUAUGAAAUCUGCCAAUUCAGUUUACUUGGAAGAAUGAGCAUGAAGAUGGACAUGCCUGCUUUAACAAUGUCAUCUCGCUCGAUCUUGAAGAUGAAGCAGACCGUGUAUUUGAGAAAUAUGCACGCACCCAAUCUCAUUCUUAACAAAGUACAAAUAGAGAUACCACCAGACCUGCUUCAGGUAGAAGAAAAUGACAUGGGAGGGACUAUAAAUGGAUCAUCUCGUGCUUCAGCCAACCUGGACAUGGACGACAGUGAUGGCCAUUGA